AUGGACGAAUCUUCCUGUAGGUCCACUACCCCAGUUGGGUUUCUUAGAAGAGGUUCUGGCAUUUCAUUGAGAAAUCAAAGCAAUGAGGAUAGGCCAAGCCAGUACAACAAGCAGCCAGGGAAGAGUUCAAAUCUCAAUCCUGUAAAAUCACGGUUCACUGAAAAUAAAGAGAAGCCAAGGUAUUUUCAAGGGCCAUUUCAUUCAUCAGGCUCCAGGGCAUCAUCUGUAAGCUCUUCAAAAGCUCCUGUUAGAAAAUAUUGCGAUGAGAGACAAAAACGGCCCUUUUUGGCAGAGACAGACAUUGCUGAAAGCAGUAACAGAAGAACUGAGGUUAGACGCCUACAAAGUGGCAAGAAAGCUUCUGUAUUUGGCGAUGGGCAUCCAUACAUGCAGAAGGGUACAUCAAAAGCUUCAUCAUCCUCAACAACUACUGAAGGAAGCUUGCCAGAAGAGCAUGAUCUUGGAGUUUUAGAUGUUUCUGGUUCUUCAGGGAGUUCUGCACGUGCAGUUAAUUCGAGAAAUACUGCAUUGAAUGCUAUGGCACAUAGGCAAAAGGAUAAAGAAGAAUUGAAUUCAGGUAGACAUCAAGGUGCUUCCACUUUUGUUCGUCGGCAUACUUUACAAACUACUGGUGUCAGGUCAUCAACUGCCCCUGGCACUACCAUUACUGGAGCACAGAGACGUGGCCUAAAAAAUCUUGGUUGCACUUCAAUAUCUGAGGUUCUGCCUUCAGGAUGUUCUUCAUCUGAUUCUGUCCGUGAUAGGAGGGUCGAAGUUACAAAGAAGAGAACUUCUGAUGCAGAAAGUUCUUCAAGAUCAAGGGGAAUAAGUGAACAAUCUAAUUUAAGUCAGCCGCGUGCUAGUUAUCCUGGCAGUACUGGUCCUAGAGCUAGAGCUGUUGAACAAUUAGCUUCUCAACAAACAGCAAGGACCGAUAGCAGAAGUAUUCAGGAUCCUACAGAUUUGAUAAGGACUAGACGACCUUUUACUCUGCGUGCCAGGGAGAGGAUGAUACCAGGUGAAAGAGAGGACAGCGUAUUUGCUCUGCAUGAGACUGUUGCAAGCGUUCAUCCAGAAUGCGGUCAUUUUCACACGGAUGGUACUCCCCCAGAGAGAUUAGGAAGACCCUUUUAUGCAGAAUUACCUCAUGCAAUUUAUUCAUCUAAUCGUCAAGGCUCAACUAGUCAGACAGCAAGGAGAAGAUCUACGUCUCGUACUGAGGAAAGCCCCCAACGGAUGUUCCAUGCAUUGGAUAUGAUUGAACAUGAUGAUGAAUUGACUUAUGAGCAACUGCUGGUGCUAGAAACUAAUCUGCUCUUAAGUGGCCUUGAUUUGCACGAUCAGCACGAAGAUAUGAGAUUGGAUAUCGACAAUAUGUCAUAUGAGGAACUACUUGCUUUGGAAGAUCAUAUUGGCUCAGUGAGUACUGCCCUUACUGAAGAGCAAUUUGCCAAGUGUGUAAACCAAAGCGUACACGAAGGAAGAAAUUCUGGUAGAGAUGUGAACAAGAUUGCAGCAGAUGAUGUGAAAUGUAGCAUAUGUCAGGAGGAAUACGUGGAAGGUGAAGAGAUUGGUACAAUGCAAUGUGAACAUCAGUACCAUGUGUGCUGUAUUCACGAAUGGCUUAGACAGAAGAACUGGUGUCCAAUAUGCAAAGCUUCAGCUAUACCUUCAGAGAUGAACAAGGGAGACGCAUGA